AUGGACCCACUUUCAGAGCUGCAGGAUGACCUGACCUUGGAUGACACCAGCCAGGCUCUGAACCAGCUGAAGCUAGCCUCCAUUGAUGAGAAGAACUGGCCUUCGGAUGAAAUGCCCGACUUUCCCAAGUCAGAUGACUCCAAGAGCAGCUCCCCGGAGCCUGUCACACACCUGAAGUGGGAUGACCCUUACUAUGACAUUGCCCGGCACCAGAUUGUGGAGGUGGCAGGAGAUGACAAGUAUGGGCGGAAGAUCAUUGUGUUUAGUGCCUGCCGAAUGCCUCCCAGCCACCAGCUGGACCACAGCAAGCUCUUGGGGUACCUGAAGCACACCCUGGACCAGUACGUGGAGAGUGACUACACACUGCUGUACCUGCACCACGGCCUGACCAGCGACAACAAACCCUCCUUCAGCUGGCUCCGCGAUGCCUACCGGGAGUUUGACCGAAAGUACAAGAAGAACAUCAAGGCCCUGUACAUCGUGCACCCCACCAUGUUCAUCAAGACCCUGCUCAUCCUCUUCAAGCCCUUCAUUAGCUUCAAGUUUGGGCAGAAGAUCUUCUAUGUGAAUUACCUGAGUGAGCUGAGCGAGCACGUGAAGCUGGAGCAACUAGGGAUCCCUCGCCAAGUGCUCAAGUAUGAUGACUUCCUGAAGUCCACACAGAAGAGCCCUGCAACAGCCCCCAAGCCCAUGCCCCCACGGCCCCCGCUGCCCAACCAGCAGUUUGGGGUCUCCCUGCAGCACCUCCAGGAGAAGAACCCAGAGCAGGAGCCCAUUCCUCUCGUGGUCCGCGAGACUAUUGCUCACCUGCAGGCCAACGCUCUCACCACGGAAGGGAUUUUCCGAAGGUCUGCCAACACCCAAGUAGUACGAGAGGUACAGCAGAAGUACAACAUGGGGCUGCCUGUGGACUUCGAUCAGUACAACGACUUGCACCUGCCAGCGGUCAUCCUCAAGACCUUCCUCCGGGAGCUUCCUGAGCCCCUGCUCACCUUUGACCUCUACCCUCACGUAGUGGGCUUCCUCAACAUUGACGAGAGCCAGAGAGUGGAGGAGACGCUGCAGGUCCUUCAGACGUUGCCCGAGGAGAACUACCAGGUGCUUCGUUUCCUUACUGCCUUCCUGGUGCAGGUUUCUGCUCAGUGUGACCAAAACAAGAUGACCAACACUAACUUGGCUGUCGUCUUUGGCCCUAACCUGCUGUGGGCCAAGGAUGCUGCCAUCACUCUCAAGGCCAUUAAUCCCAUCAACACCUUUACCAAGUUCCUCCUGGACCAUCAAGGGGAGUUGUUCCCUACCCCUGACUCCUAG